UUGAAACCACUCUAUACCAAUCUUCACUAUCGAAAGUCGAAACAAAUACCUAACAUUCGAAAUUUGCCAACCAAACCAAACCCCCAUAAAUAUUCGUUCAAUUCUGAAUUAAGCACAUAUGACUGACCAGGUGCCAGAUGGGGUCUUAGGUCAAAAGACAUAAAUUGCGGACCCCUAACUCUAAGUCAAAUAGAGCGUUAGCGUAAAACCUCAAUUUCUGCACUAUCGUAAAAUCUCUCACAAUUCACAUCACACCCAUCUUUCAUUUCUUCAGAAACAGAGGAAGAGAGAAAAAGUGAGUAAUGGGGAUUGAGAAAGCCACGGCAUUGUUAGAAGAAACCAUAGAAAAAGCGGGAGGAUGCGGUGUCAUUGAUGGAGGUCUUGCUACUCAGCUUGAGAAACAUGGUGCCGCCAUUAAUGAUCCUCUUUGGAGUGCACUCUGCUUGAUCAAAGAUCCUAAUCUCGUCAAACUGGUUCACAUGGAAUAUUUGGAAGCUGGUGCAGAUAUUAUAGUUUCUUCAUCUUAUCAGGCUACCCUUCCAGGAUUUCUGUCAAGGGGUCUGUCAAUGCAAGAAGCAGAGGCGUUGCUUCAGAAAAGUGUUAAAUUAGCUACUGAUGCCCGUGAUGAGUUCUGGAAUACUGUUGAUAAUAAGACAGAAAAUGGUUAUAAUAGAGCCUUGGUGGCAGCAUCUGUUGGCAGUUAUGGAGCUUAUCUCGCUGAUGGCUCAGAAUACAGUGGACUUUAUGGAGAAGAUGUAAGCUUGAUUAAGCUAAAGGAUUUCCAUAGGCGGAGACUACAAGUUCUAGCAGGAGCUAGUCCUGAUAUUUUAGCAUUUGAAACCAUUCCCAACAGCCUUGAAACUCAGGCCAUUGUGGACUUGCUUGAGGAAGAAAAUGUCCAAAUCCCUUCAUGGAUCUGCUUUAGCUGUGUAGACGUACAUGCCCCUUCAGGAGAAAACUUUGAAGAAUGUCUCAAUGUUAUCAACGAGAGUAAGAGAGUUGCGAUGGUAGGAAUAAAUUGUGCACCACCACAUUAUGUUGAUGGUCUAAUUCGCAAAUUUAAGGAGCUGACAGACAAGAUGAUAGUAGUUUAUCCCAACAGCGGUGAGAUAUGGGAUGGCAAAGCAAAGAGAUGGCUGCUACCUGAGUGUUCCGAGGACAAUGAAUUUGGGUCAUUAGCUCUAAGAUGGCGCAUUUCUGGUGCUAAACUCAUUGGUGGCUGUUGUAGGACAUCGCCUGCAACUAUCAGUGAUAUUUCAAAAGCUAUAAAGGGGGAACCUUAAUUUAUCUCUCUAACCCACUGUUAAUACUAUAUUAACUUCUUGGCUGAUUGUAUUCAAUUUACUUUUUCACUCCUUUUUUAUCCAAAAGAUUUUGUGUCAUAGUACAAGUAAAAUAUUCACACACAAUAUUUAAGCAACGGAAUCCCCAUCUUAUUAACAAUCAUAAUUAACAAAUUUUAGUAGAUAAUUAUAAAUUAUCAGAUAACUUAUGAGGUCGGGUUGGUAAUUUAAAAAUAUGGAAUUGAAUCUCAUUUGUAUCUUAUGUGGCUCUUGAAAAACAAAAACAAAAUACAUUGAUAUUUAUACUAUUUAAUCUAGAAUACAACUUGCUAGGUUAUGUUCUUUCUCUGAGUUCCAAAGAGGUAGCAAGUGCACUACAAUUGUAUGAGAGGGGAGGUAUCGAAAUAAGUGUUAUUUUUCCGUUUACUUCUUUCCUUUGAAAAUUUGACCAUGUGAUUGGAAUGCAUUGCUGCCUUGGGCUCUCUUUGAAUUGAUAAAUUUGAAGAGUGCACUCGAUGUAGAUUGGACAAAUUCCUUAUAUUUUGACUCUCAAAAAAUAAUUAAAUAUUUGACCCCUCAAUGAAUUGUGAAAUGUUUGGAUUGUCAUAUGUGAGUAUAUCGUAUAGGAGACUGACGUCUUUAAUAUUAUUGUCAAACCUAUUACAAAAAUAUCACACACCAAAUAACGGAUAACCCCACAUUGAAUGAGGAAAUGUGAUGUUCUGAUUAACAAAAAAAACUAUUAUAUAACAAUCAAAACAAUAAGCAUAUAAAUAUCAAAUUCCGUAUGUAGGUUGCGAAACUUAAAAAAGAAUAUUGCUUUGUCAUUAAUAUGACGCAUCUUUACAAAUUUUUCAAGUACGUAACAACUAACAAGUGCUAAAUUUAAAUAAUAGAAGUAAAAAAUAAAGAAUGUGCCAAAUUUCAAGUCAACCCAAAUCAAUACUUGGUGGAGUACUGAAUAUUAUUGGCCAAUCCAUCAUAAGUUUUUAUUUUUACACAAAUAAACGAUAUAAAAUGAAACUAGUAUGUGCUCAAAUAAGUUUGAUGAUAUUCAACUUUGACAUCUCCUUGUCUUUAUCUUCAAUACUUGUAAAACUAAAAAAAGGUUAAAAAAAUCACUACGUACAUAUUUUAAACGUUUGAAUGAGCGUAAUUCUUGAAUAUUUCGAGAGUCAUGUAGGCUGUAGCACGAGCCUAAAGUGUGAAGACUCAAAACCUCCUUGAUUUCGUAAAAGAAAUAGACGGUUUGCUUCGUUAAUCAAUCCAAAAAGUUGGUAGCUACUCCUUGAUAGCAUUUUAUUUAGUAGAAGGCAAAGAAGACGGAUGUAUCUUCUUUUGAAUCCAUGAGAAGCAAGUCAGCAACCACCUUGUGACGCGCUGCAAUUCCUCAAUGUGCUACUUUCAUCUGCAGUAGUACUAUUAGUAGUUUUAGUUUCUUUUACUAUCUUUUUCCUCCUCAUCUCUUCAGUUUUCUCCUUUUCCAUCUUCCACAACACGUACACUUCGGCUAGACAUGGACCAACUGUUGCCAUUUUUCACUAUAGUGUUACCAAACUCGACUCACUAAUGUGGGUUAAUAUGGAUGAAUCCAUAAUCCAUAACCUUUUAAAAGUGGCAAAGGUUGCUACUGUUCAAUUCAAUAGUGCUCUGAGUGACAAAUCCUUGAAAUUUACUGUUGAUAAGCUUGGCAAAUCUCAACCCUUCAUCUAUUCUUCCAUCUUAGCCACACAAUCUUUUUCUUUCUCCUCUUCUUCACGUCUCUUCUCUCUCCUCUCUCCUCUCUCUGUCUUUCACUGUCGGUCUGUUCUCUCUCGUCUCUCCUAUCUCCUAUCUCCUAUCUCUCCUCAUCAAUUUCCAUCAUCUUUUCUUAUUUUUGUUCUAGAUUUAUUUUUCAGAUCUGAUGUGUGUUUUUUUUUUUCUGAGAUUGAGCGGAAAUUGAUGCCAAACUUGGAUCAACAAAGCGCAAAACUCCUCAAUCAGUGGAGUCCGAAGGAUGUUCAAAGAGUUCUGGGAUCACUCUUUGUUGUUAAAAUGUAUCUGAAUUUUGUAAUUUUACUUAGAUUGGAGUUCGAAUCCAGAUGUGUAGGGUUGAACUUGAAUGCCAUUGAAAGAGCAGAUGGUUCUUAAUGGUGAGCUGCAACGUGCAAGACAAAUUGAGCAGAUGAAAUGGUUCUUGCUUAUGCACCAAUAGCCAACGCUGAAAGGGAGUGAUACAUCUACUGCUGAGUCGGGAUAUGAAGUAGAAGAUAUUGCUUCACCUAGGGCAGCAAGGAAUUACUCACAUUUGAGAUUUACCCCUGUUCGUGAAAGAGGGCUGAAAGUAGUAAAAUUGAGAAGAUUAUUGGCAAAAAUUUGCGAGGGAGUUGCGGCGGAUCGAAAGCACAAGUGAGUAUGUAGGUUAAGUGCUUCAAUGCUCCUCUCCAACCUUCUGAAAUCAUUGGUGUUAAGAGGGUUGUGGAAGAAAAAUUGCCUGAAGGAGUCAAUGAUCGUGGUCUCACUUUGAGAGGGUUUCUAUUCCUUCAUGCACUUUUCAUAGAAAAAGGGCGGCUGGAGACAACAUGGACUGUCCUGAGAAAAUUUGGAUAUAAUAAUGAAAUCAGGCUAGAUGAUGGUUUUCUUCCACCUUCAUUCAAACAAGCGCCAGACUAGAUGGGAAACUUUUAUAUAUAUACCAGAUGCAAGAUAUGCUCUAUCGUAGUGCUUCAAAGGGUCGCAAGAUUAAAAAGCUUAUGGCAUCACUCUACACAUUCCCCAUGCCUGAUUGUAUGUGUCAGAAAGCUGAUACAAACACAAUCGACGUAAAUGGUGAAGCUACUCUAUCAUGGUGAAUGCCACCAAAGGACUCUUCAUCUCUGGUAUGAUACUCUGACUUGCUUGUAUAUCAUUACUUUCUUUCUUUCUUUUUUCGAAUUGUAUCUAGCAUAUUGCAAGCUCAGUUGACACUUAGACCUCCUUUGUUUCUUUUCUCUUUAAUUUAAUUUCCGUUACUUUUCCUUGAUAAUCCACUAAUUAACACAACCUUGAACCAAAGUGCACAGAGGAUGAAGUCUAGCUUGUGUUGUGGAAUUUUUUUUAUCUUGCAGAUAUUUUCUGCAUCUGUUGAGCAAGAACUAAUGUUUCUUAUUGUUUUCAACAUAUGUCUGUUCUUCUUAUUAACUGCAUGUUGCACUUCAUGUCUACUCAGUCUAAUACAGUAUGCAUGGACAUGUUAGAUUUGUAUUGGUGUUCAUAUAAUCAUUUGUUAUCAUGCGGUUGUGAAAUUUCUGGCUUCUUCACUGCUCGGAAUGUCUAAUUUUCUUUUUUCCUUUUUUGGUUGUUGAAAUCUCGUCUUCCAGUGACAUACCAAUGGCUCAAUUCAUUAUCCAUAUGAAUGGUUCACUGCCAGCAAACCAUAAAUUCAUAAUACGAGUCCUAGAUAAUACUCACUUAUUUGUGCAACCUCACGCGACUGAGAUGAUAAGAAGUGCCAUGUCCGAGUUCAGAGAAGCGAGCACUUACGAGAAACCUCCUUAAUGUAACUAAUUACUUUUUUUUGGGAUAAGUUGAACAAUUUCAAUAUUGCUUAAUCAUAGUUGUGAUUGGGCUACGGAAUUUAAUCAUUUAUAGCAAGUAUUCUCAAUAUACUCAUUUGUUUUCUUC